AUGUCGAAACCACUCCAAGGAACUGCAAUCAUUACCGGGGGCAAUGGGACCCUCGGCUCAGAGAUAGCUAUCGCUAUCGCAAAAACGCAGCCUUUCGUGCACUUGCUGCUUCUUGCGCGCGAUAUCAGAACCGACAGCGUGAAGGACCUGCUACAGAAGAUCCGCCUCAUUGGGCCUAGAUCUGUCGAAGUAGCCAAAGUCAACCUGGCCAGUUUCAACUCCGUCGUCAGCUUCUGUCAGAAUACCGUGGAGAGGGUCCGAAAUAAAGAGAUCCCGCCGGUAAUGCUCCUGAUCAAUUCUGCUGCCAUGGCAUCUUAUGUCACCGACCCAGUCACACCGGAUGGAUACGACCCGGUCUACCAGGUUAAUUGCAUUGCCCCGUUCCUGUUAACGGUCAGCCUACUUGAAGCUUUCCGCGCCGGCAAUGGCACGCCGGACGGCGGUGCCAGAGUCAUUAAUAUUGGAUGCUCUGCCAUAUCCAGUGGCUCGUUGAACUAUUUCGACGACAGCCCAGACAAUGCACCGAAGGCGCCCGGCACUCCUUUGAGUGCAAAGGAAGGGAAUGCUCGGUUUGGGAGCAGUAAGCUGAUCAUGAGUGCCGCCAUGUAUGCAUUACGGCGGAGUCUGGUCCUGACUGGCAACAUGUCACUCAACAUAUACACUCUGGACCCCGGAGGAUUGGAAGGGAAUAGCCAUCUGACGACAGAUGCUCCCUUAUCGGUCCGAAUGGCACAAUCAACUCGGUCUAGCCUCGGGCCAUUCCUGAGAGUGUUCUCCAAGAGCGCUAUCAACAAGGCCAGUGUUCCAGCCAAGGUCAUUGCGAAAGUCGCAUUCCAGAGAGAAACAGUGGAGCUCUGGGGCAGGGAGCGCUAUUAUAUCUUGAACAGCGACUACGAGGCCGGAUCCGUCAUUUUGGCACUGCGAGACCCGCCCCUAAUGGAUUCACUGCUAAAGAAAAUGUUGCGGCAGGUCGAGAUUGGUGUCAAGGGAAUGGGCUCGCCAGACUCGAGGAUCUCGCGGGUGCACGGCAAUUGA